CCAAUCUUGUAUUCAAAUUUUUAAAAAAAAAAAAAAAAGGAAAGAAAGAAAAUCAGAAAGUUUUCAAAGGAUCCAAAGUGGGGGAAGAAAAUGGAAUCGACGGAAGGAGAAGGAAGCUCAGAGCCGGAGAUACAGUUCACGGAGAUCGAGACGACGGCCGAGUGCUUGGACGGCUCCCUCAUCUUCCAUGUCGUCAAGGACACCAUCGGUUUCAUUCUCUACAUGCAUCAGCAAAUCCCUUCAAUUUUGCAGGAUAUCACUCUUGAAUUCGACUUAAUGCAUACUGAAUACAAAGAAUUGGAGGUGGAUCUUGCAAAAACUGAGUUAAAGGCAUCUUUGCGACGAAAGCACAUUGGCAGAAUGAGAGAGGUUAAGCAAGGGAUCAGAAAGAUGGAAAAGUUUAUGAGUACAAUUUCAAGUCUUCAAAGUGCGUUGCAAUUGUUAAUAAGUCAAAUCCCUAACAUUCAUGAGGUUAUUUUGGUCCUUGGUACAAGUCCAAUUCGGCCUCAGCAUGUUUAUCAGUUGUGUUUUUCGCAUGCAAAUCCUGCUCCGUCCGCUGAAGCUAAUUUCAUCAAAGGCAAAACAGCAGAAUGGCUUUCAAGGAAGGCUAUUAGGGCAUUGAUUUCGAAAGAUGCAGGUUCCAGUUCCUAUCCAGGCCCUACAAAGUUGUUUCUGAUGGUUAAAGCUCCCACCUCACUCAAUCUGCCCUUGCAUUUUCUUCCAAAACGUGACUUCAGAUACAGUAAAAAGAUUGUGCCUUUCAGGUUACGGUUUAGAUGCAGAACCCAAGGUUUGAAAAUUGAUGAGGAUCACAAUUCACUGCCUGGCAGAUCAACAGGGAUAGAUUCUUCAAAUGAUCUAAUCUGGUUUCAGUGUCGGCAUGCAAUAAAAGGCAUAGCAUUCAAGACACCAGAAGAAGAAUGAGAGGUUCAUUGACCCAUGAUGAAAUGCUGUCUUCCUGUCUCAUUAAGAGGCUUGUUAUACUUUCUAUAUGCAUAGAUGUAAGAGUUCGUACUAAUUGAUUGACAAAGCUGCAAGUUUGAUGGCUGUGGUUGUAAAUGGCCGAUUGCUACACUCAACUUCAGCUUUAUAACCUGCAAUCUGAACUUCAACUUUGUAUGUUAUACUGUCUUAUUGACUCCUCCGUUUUGUA